CUUCACAAAAGUUACUUCUUCAACGUGUAUAUUGUCGAACGCGUCGAUUUUAUUUUUUCUUAAAUCUUGGUAGUGCUACGAGAAAUGAAUCGUGGAAACGCUGAGUGCCGCGUAUAUGUUGGUAAUCUUCCAUCUGAUGUUAGGGCAAAGGAAUUAGAUGAUAUUUUUUACAAGUAUGGCACCAUCAAAGAUAUUAGUUUGAAAAAAGAUACAAGAGGUGGUCCGCCAUUUGCCUUUAUUGAGUUUGAGGAUCCAAGAGAUGCGCAGGAUGCAAUACGUGGUCGUGAUGGCUACGAUCUUGAUGGAAAACAGUUAAGGGUUGAAUCUCCUCGUGCUGCUGGUGGUGGUGGCUAUCGUGGUAGUCGGGGAGGAAACCGUGGAAGAGGCCGUUCCUUCAUCCCUCGUGGAAAUGGUUUUCGAGUGUUAGUGAAAAAUCUUCCUCCAAGUGGUAGCUGGCAAGAUCUCAAAGAUCAUAUGAGAGAAGCUGGUGAUGUCAUGUUCACUGAUGUGUUCAAUGAUUGUACUGGAGUUGUGGAAUUUGCUCGAUAUGAAGACAUGAAAAGGGCCGUUCGUGUACUCAAUGACACAAAAUUUCGAUCUCAUCAGAAUGAAACUUCUUAUGUGACAGUUGAAGAAGAUGGGUCCUCCAAAUCAAGGAGAGCAAGUCGUUCUCGAAGUCCGCGACGUUCAAGAAGUCGUUCUUACUCACCUCGCAAAUAUUCUCGAUCCCCCAAAAGAUCAUUUUCAAGAAGUCGUUCUCGUUCCAGAUCAUAAAUUUGGUGAAUAAAGUUGACUUGCAUGUCGUUUGUGUUACAUUCAAUUAUAUCAAGGAAACGGAACACAUCACUAUUGCAAUAUAACAUCUCAUGAAUAUAUUAAUGUUUCAAUAAGUGUCAACCGAAUUUUUUUGUAAAGGGCAAUGUUUCAACUUAAUUCCUUUUUUUGAUGAACAUUUAGUGUUUUA